AUGAAACAACAGGUCAGGUCAAGAACAAGCAGAUCAGGUCAAGAAGCAACAGGUCAGGUCAAGCAGCAACAGAUCAGGUCAAGCAGCAACAGAUCAGGUCAAAAAGCAACAGGUCAGGUCAAGAAGCAACAGAUCAGGUCAAGAAGCAACAAAUCAGGUCAAGAAGCAACAGAUCAGGUCAAGAAGCAACAGAUCAGGUCAAGAAGCAACAAAUCAGGUCAAGCAGCAACAGAUCAGGUCAAGAAGCAACAAAUCAGGUCAAGAAGCAACAGAUCAGGUCAAGAAGCAACAGAUCAGGUCAAGCAGCAACAAAUCAGGUCAAGAAGCAACAAAUCAGGUCAAGAAGCAACAGAUCAGGUCAAGAAGCAGCAGGUCAAACCAAAAAGCAACAGGUCAGACCAAAAAGCAACAGAUCAGAUCAAGAAGCAACAAGUCAGGUCAAGAAGCAACAGGUUAGGUCAAAGGGCAACAAAUGAGUGUAAGACGAACUGGGGAAAAAAUCAGAAAGUAAGAUACUCUUAA